AGACGUUACCGACAGUAGCUUAGCUAGCAUUAGCUGAAUGCAGCUCGGGCUUGUUUUUCACUGCAUACGUCGUUGUUUGGUCGGAUAACGUUGAAUUGACGAAUUCUUGCGGAUAGCACAUCUUUAAUUAGGCGUUUUUUCUUGGCACCAAGCUGAAGACACCGCAGUCUUUGCGGCUACAUUGUUUUUACUUUGCACAUUAGCUAACGAGCUAAUAUGAAUGACAACAGACAGUCAUCAGCUAACCUAGCAGAUAUCAACCGUGCUAUUGAACUGCUUGACAAGCUCCAGCGGACGGGCGAAGUGCCUCCCCAGAAGCUGCAGGCGCUGCAGAGGGUCCUACAGAGCGAAUUCUGUAACGCUGUCAGAGAAGUUUAUGAACAUGUGUAUGAAACGGUGGACAUCAACAGCACUCCUGAGGUCAGGGCCAACGCCACAGCCAAGGCUACCGUGGCGGCUUUUGCAGCAAGUGAGGGACACUCACACCCUCGUGUCGUGGAGCUGCCCAAGACAGAGGAAGGCUUGGGAUUCAACAUCAUGGGGGGAAAGGAGCAAAACUCGCCUAUCUACAUCUCACGGAUCAUCCCUGGAGGCAUCGCUGACCGACAUGGAGGCCUGAAGAGAGGCGACCAGCUGCUCUCUGUUAACGGGGUGAGUGUGGAAGGUGAGCACCAUGAGAAAGCUGUGGAACUCCUCAAAGCAGCUCAGGGCACAGUGAAGCUGGUAGUAAGGUACACCCCCAAAGUCCUCGAGGAAAUGGAGUCACGCUUUGAGAAAAUGAGGUCAGCGAAGCGCCGGCAACAGAACAACUAUCCCCAGUAGGACUUCACCGUGUCGAUGCCCAGCUCCAUGUCUCUCCUCCUCCUCCUCCAGCCUUCUGGCCAUCUGUUCUGCUCUCUUUCUCAUCUCCCUCCCACAAAACAACAGCAUAAGUUUGGUUUUAGUUCCUGCUCACACACACUGUAGGUUUUCUGUAGCAUCUGUAAUGUGCACCACUGUCCCUGUACCAGACACUACAGCUCCACACCAACACUAGGAUGAUCAUGAUUGUCAGUGUGUCACACCGUGUGCAUUAUUUUUGAAUUGACAAGUUGAAUGCAACUCUGAGUACUUUUGAGACAAACUAUACAACAAGUCCUUUGACUGGAAGGUAGUGUUUUUCCUGUUCUAUCAGAGCCACUACCAAGUGCCUCAGGCAGACACUCUGUACUGUGUUCACCAUGCUUUGGGUUCUCUUAACGGGUUCAAGUCCCGAACUGCUAAUUAAAUGCUUAUGGCAGGAAUUACUACAUGCUUUGCAAUGUUUUAGUCUCAAAGAUCAUUUGGUUUGACAGAAGCACGUGGUGAUGGUAUGUCAAACUCUUCCAUCGUCCAAACUUCAGAAGCCGCAGGUGUAUUGUUGAGGCCUCUCCACAGUCCAGAAUAGGGACGCUUUGGAGGAGCUGAUGACGGUUUGCGUUCGCUCAAGAGAUAAGGGUUCUGUUUAAUAACGGGUGGAACCGCUGAAAGGCCGCCUCAAAACACAAGCCAUGGAUUAUCUUUAUGGCUUUUCUCUAAGAUUUCUAUAAAAAGCCCCACAGCUACCGUACAUGAUGUAACGAGGUCUCAGCAGCUCCUCAACUAAACUGCUGCCACCACAGAGACUCCCACCUUCACCUGUAUCUAAUUAAUAAAGCUUCACGGGCAUUCACUCUGCUGUCUGCAUGACAUGAGAUAGAACCUGCUCCGUUCAUUGAUCACCUGGUCUCAGCAUAAACCCAGAAUGUACCACGUGGUCCUCUGCCAGCUCCAGAAGAGAGACGUCACUCUGCUUGUUAGAUGUUAGAUGAAGUCAGACUAGACGUUCAUCAGGCAGUCUGAUGUGCUACCGUCACACCGACGCCUGAUGUGAGCUUCCAUCACUCCUCGUGGAUGAGCUGGCAGAUGUUGAUGCUCUGCACAGUGUUCAGAGGAUGAAGCUGGAACAUGUCCUUCAUCUGGACUUCCAUCUUGUUUUUAACAUUUUGCUUCUCAGUGUGUCUUAAAAGAAACGUUCUCUUCAUUUGAGUUCUUUGAUCCGUAACCGCGUCUCUAAAGGACUGGGUCAGAAACAGAACCCGGGUGCACCUAGGACCGUAUGCUUUUAUGAUGCUGGUACUACAUCCACACACGUCCACGACUUAGAGCAAUAAUCUGAACGUUCGUAGAGACGUUUUUCAGUGUUCACCGUAGACUGACUGACGUCUUUGUGCACACGUGGACUCGUACGUCGACGCCAACGUCCACGUCACGGUCAAAUGGGAGCGACGUUUUAUUACUGAAUACUGCCGAACAAUCCAGUUGGUUCUGAUAUGCAUUUAAAAGCAGGCUAAUGUCAGAACGGUCUCAGUGAUCCGCUGAAUGCACAGGUUCACGUGUACACGUACCACACGUCAUGUUUUAUAGGUCCACAGUGUUUGCAUGUUUCACUAUCGUACAGAAAAGUCCUGAUGUUCUGGAUCAUGAAUCUGAAAGAAGGAACGCUCCCCGUAGGCCCACAGGCAGCAUGUACAGUCCAGCAGGUCGUGGUUGUCUUUAGAACAGACGUAUGGAGAGACUUCUCCUGCUCAUGUCAUGAAGGGAACACAUAGUUGAUUUAAUUAUAUUGUUGUGUUAGAACCCAGUCGGUCAGUCCGUGGGUCAGCGACAUGUCUCCAGAACGCUUUUAGGAAAUCCGUUCACAGGCGUUUAUUGGUGUGAUUGUAGAUGAAGUGUUGUGUGUCUAGCAUCACGUAGAGGAGGCUGUAGCUGACGAAGCCGUGCUCCUGUCCCGUCUCAGGAUCAGCCAGCUGCAUCAUGACACAGUAAGGUAGCCACAGGGAACAUGGCGGUGACGGUGGGUAAAGUGACAGAAACACGUGUCCGUCUCUGAACACGCUGCAUCAUACGUGUCCUCCAGCGUUUGUCCUCCGAUGUUGAACCGUUCUUACCAAGUGAGCUCCUUUGCAGUCCGGUGGUAGAUGCAUGUUUCGUCAGAGUCAGUGACCAUCCAGUUAAGUGUGUCAUUUUCAUGUCUGCAUAUUGUGCCAGGCCGGCGGCAGCGUGAUGCCUGCGUCCAGACCCGUCCUGUUGUUGUGGCCAAGGCGUCUGAACUGAGCUGACCCUGGAUCUGCCCGUGUAGCUGCUCUUCUUUGUGUUGCUUUUAUUUGAUGUUUUCGUGAUUUUAUCCACCAUCUCUUACCAUGCACCGAGGCCGACCGCUUCUGACAUCGGCGGCGCCAGCAAACUGUAAAUAGCUCAUCCACUACUAUGUGAGUCCACCAGUAAAAACAUCUAGAAUGCUCCGUGUGCUGUCAGUGAUCUAGACUUGUAGACCGUUCGUCCUUAACAACAGUCACCAUACAUCAUUAAAUGCACUGAAAUUCAUCACCAAGUGCUAAAAACAAAGACAUUAUCUGUUCAAAAGGUCCCAGUGGGUAGCGCUGAUGUCCGCUGACUGAGGCUUCUGUUGGUUUCAUGUUUCGUCUUCAUGUCGGCUCAGAGGCUGCUGUCACAGUGAAUGUCAGGUUUAACUUCACUCACGUCAGUCGAGGUGUCGCUGACUUCUAUCCAAUCGUAUGUUACUUCACGCUUUGACUAUUGCAGGAGAAGCGGUUGUAGCGGCCAGCACGUGGCCCAGGUGUGUUCAGCGGCUGAAGUCCGUUACUCCUGUGAGAGAUGCUGAACACAAUGAAACGCACUGGUACUGCAGACGCUGAAGGGUUAACUAUGCAAGGUCGGUAGAAACUUUGGAAACAAUCCGUGUCGGUGCAAAAUAGCUGUGGUUUUACUCCAGAAUGUAUAAAACAGUGGUAGUGUGGCAGCUGCAUGGACGUAUGUUUAACAUGAUGCUAUAAGAGAACGUUACUGGAACAUUGUCAAGCUGAUCAGCAUCAACAAGCUGCAUCCUGACCGUGCUGUCUGGAUGCAGUGCUGUGCUUCAGUACCAGACAUGAUGCGCUUCAUAACGUUGGAAUAAUGCAAACAUGUUUUCUUAGAAUACUUUACGUAAAGUGAAGCUUCAGAUGCCCGUAUCACUCUCUACAGCUACCUUAGUGUGUUGUAAAAUAUGCAUUACAUAUAUCUACACAGCACUACGCUUUAAACGGCUAAAUCACGGAGUUAAAGUCGCGCGUUGCUGGAUGGGCUCGUACGGAGGCGUGGCUAGUAACAGAGCAACCCGUAGGCCACGCCCACGAUGCUUUUGUUCUGAGGCAGAGCGCUUAGCAGGCGGUUGGGGGUGUACAUAGACGUCUUAAUAUAAUGUAUAGUUUGUGUUUUAUCCAACGUCAGCUGGCUAGAAUCACUCCUCACAUUUGCAUCAUGUAUAGUAAAAGAGGACAGAAGAGACUCCACCGAAUGUCACUGGCCAUUGUCUCAUUUAGUUGCACACUUUUUGUGAAGUCCCCUUCAACUUUCUAUCCGUUUUCCUUGUCUGUAUAUUGGAAUGGUCAAUAGAGUAUUUUUUAUAAUGUUUUUCUUUUGAUAUUUUCUCAAUUUUUAUAAGUGAUUUUCCUAAAAACCAACAGCAGGAAUGCUGGUACUUCCACUCUGACUGUACCAGGGCCAUGUCAGCACAGCCUCUGAGGAGCAGCGCUGAGCGGAGCCCGACUCUCCUCCGGCUCCGCUCAGCGCUGCUCCUCUCAGCUCUGAACUGAUCUUUUCGUUUCUUUCUAGGACCAAGACCAAACUUGCAACACUUGUGAAAAUUUUGAUAAUGUUUUGAAGUGUGUUAGCCGCUGCUGAUGUCAGCUCGAUGCCUGUAGACUGUGUUGUGUUGUCAUGUUGUGUUCUCUGCUUUCUGGUCUCAGUUCACUGUUACAUUGAUGUGGAAUGUAAAAUGUUGUGACGUAGAAUAUAAUAUAGUUGGACUGGAAGCCUAAUAAACCGUGCUUACAUUUAUGAAUUUUAAA